AUGUCCAUUCUGUUUACCCAGUUAUAUGGUGAGGACAAAGGUAAAACAAUGUUUGAUGAGGUUGUUGUUGUUGGCCUUAAGGAGUUAUUUCAAGAUUAUGUUGCCUGUUUUCAUGUCCAGUUUGUUCCUGAAAAUUCUGACAAAUCAGCCCCUUUAGUUAUAAUUUCUGAUUCUGUUUCUGUUGGGAAACCUCAAGCAUUAUUGAGAUCCCAGAUUAAGAAACAAAAAUUGGGUAGUGCUGAUUUGUCAAUGAAAAAAACUGAGUUGGAGGUGUAUUUGUCUGAGGUCAUUGUGGAUGAUGAGGAUUCUUUUGACCUUCUAAGAUGGUGGAAGCUGAAUUCUGAUAGGUUCCCUGUGUUAUCUAAAAUGGCAAGGGAUGUAUUUGCUGUUCCAAUCUCUACUGUUGCAUUUGAAUCAGCAUUCAGUACCAGUGGCAUGGUACUAGAUGCCUUUAGGAGUUCCCAAACUCCUAAGAUUGUUGAGGCACUUGUGUGUGCACAGGAUUGGUUGAGGUUAGCCAAUCAACCAAUCUCUGUUGAAGAAAAUAUUGAAGAUGUUGAAAGGAUUGAGAAAGAGCUAAUACCCCCUCUAACUUUUUAUUCGGAGAGUCACUUUAUAUCACUAAAGCACAAGGUGGUUUUACUUGUUGAGUGUUUAACUGUUUAUAUUAGUAGCAGAAAAAGAAAAUUUCUUGGUCGACUUAGCUGCAUAAAUUUCUUGGACGGCUUGGGUGCAUCCAAGCCCCCAAAUUCUUUCAGGUUUGGAAGAAAAUUGCUCUCAAGGCCAAAAGAAAAAAUGUCCGGAUUUUGUGGCUCCCACGAUUCUGUGGAAUCGUCGUCGGUAGAGAAAGAUUCCGGCGAUUCUAUAAGAAUUCCUCUGGGUUAUAGGUUUCAUCCCACAGACGAAGAGCUCAUAACUAACUACUUAUGGAGAAAGAUUGCGGAUCCUAGCUUCUUCGCAGGAGCAAUUGAAGAGUGGGAUUUGAACAGGUUGGAACCCUGGGAUUUGCUCCCCGGUGUUUGUGUGGGUAAGAGAGAAUGGUUUUUCUUCAGUCGGAGGGAUAUGAAGGAUGCCACGGGGCAGAGAAUAGACAGAGCUACUCAUUCAGUGAGCAAAGGCUAUUGGGAAACCACAGGAAGUGACAAAGAGAUUUUGAAGGGGAAAUCCCUUGUUGGGAUGAAGAAAACUCUGAUUUUUUACAGAGGGAGACCACCCAGUGGUGAAAGGACAGACUGGUUAAUGCAUGAAUACAGAUUGGUGAACAUCAACUACCUACAUAUGAUCCCAAAACUUCCUCAAAACGCUAAGAAUGAAUGGGUGAUCUGUAAAGUCUUCCUGGAAAAGAAAACAUAUAUUCCCCUCGGCAUCCAAGACUUGAAACUUCCAGUGAUUCAGAAUACAUUGCUCAUGAACUUAAUAUUUCUGGCAUCCCAAACUCUUGCUGAUGAAGCUGAAGUUGGGAAACAUAAUGUAAACUGCUGCAGAAGAUCCAUCCUCAGCAGAAACGGCAGUAGUAGCAAUAAUGAGUAUGUGGUGUCGCGAUUGGAGGGCGACAACUCCUUACACAAACUUCCAGAACUUCCUCAACUUCCAGCACUUGAACUUUCAGAACUUCCUCAACUUCCAGCACAUGAACUUUCAAAACAUCCUCUUUCUCUUCCUCAAGUUGCUAAGAAUGAAUGGGUGAUCUGUAAAGUCUUUCUGAAAAGCUCCCUGGAAAAGAAAACAUUUGCAGAGAUGCAUACAUUGUUCCUGAGCCUAAUAAUAUUUCUGGCAGUACAAACUCUUGCCUGGGCUUCAAAUUAUUCUUCUACAAAUGAAGCUGAAGUUGGGAAACAUAAGGUAAACUGCUGCAGAAGAACUGCCCUCCUCAGGAAGGACAACAAUAAUGAGUAUGUUGGAGGAGUGAGGAAGCUGCAGCCAAAACUACAGAUAAUACAACAAUGGAUGGAAAAUUUUAUGUUAUCUCAUAAUAAUACAACAAUGGAUGACAAUAGUAGAGUGUGGGUUAAAGUGGGAUACAACAAUGAUACUGUGAUGUUCCUGCUUCCUUUUGCAACUAUGGAUAGUUUGAAGGCAGAAAUCCUAAAGAGAUUCAAUAAGUUGGAAUCUGCAAAAUUUAAGAUCAUGUACAAGGACGAAGAUGAGGAAAUGGUGACAAUAGCUUGUGAUGAGGAUUUGCAUUAUUGCUUGGAAUUUUUCAAGUCCACAGGAACAACACCAGUCACAUUGUCUCUUUCAAUUUGAACGAAUCCAUUGCCGCUGCACUUCCCAUCUUUAAAUCCAAGCUACUGCUAUUAUGGUUAUAUGGCUUGUGCUAUUAUGUGUUUUUUGUGGUCUUUUACUUCCCAUGUUUAAAUCCAAGCUACUGCUAUUAUGGCUUGUGCUAUUAUGUGUUUUUUGUGGUCUUUUAAGUGAAUGUAAUGUUUAAGUA